CGAACCUUUUGGGCGGUAGUCUUUAUCAGUUCUAGCCAAUAGGCGUGCUUGUCAGGAUUUUCACGUUGGCUUGGCUUGUAUCAAAAAACUAUGGCGGACGUGCAGGUCGGAGAUGCCAAACAGACGAUUUCCAAAAGAGUAAAGGAGCGUAAGCACUACACUGAAGAUUGUCUGCAGGAUGAAGAGAUCGAAGGUCGUCGAAUGUUUUCUGUUGAAGAAAAACUAACAUGUGAUGGCUUUGAAAGUUGUUUUGUAGAUGAAAUGAAAGGAGAAGAUUUCAACUUGAAAUAUUUACAGGAACAUGGUUUUGUUAAGCCUGUCCUGUUUAAAGACAAGGCUGGUUUAGGCAUGAGAAUGCCAAGUGCCAAUUUUACUGUGAAUGAUGUCCGCCAGUGUGUGGGUAGUAGAAGAGUUCUUGAUGUCAUGGAUGUCACAACCCAGAAAGAUAUUGAAAUGACAAUGAAGGAUUGGUGCAGAUAUUUUGAGAAUCCUAACCGUGAUCAGCUUCUAAAUGUGAUUAGUUUGGAGUUCAGUCAUACACGAUUAGAAAACUAUGUUGAAUCACCAACUGUGGUCAGGCAAGUUGAUUGGGUAGAUUGGGUGUGGCCCAGACAUUUGAAAGAAAGCCAAACUGAAGGAACAAAUUCCUUAGAUGAAAUGAAAUAUCCCAAAGUUCAGAAGUACUGUUUAAUGAGUGUGAAGGGCUGUUACACUGACUUCCAUAUUGAUUUUGGAGGUACGUCUGUGUGGUACCAUAUUCUCCGUGGAAAAAAGGUAUUUUGGCUAAUACCUCCCACAGAACGAAAUCUGACAUUAUAUGAAAAUUGGGUUCUAUCUGGAAAGCAAGGUGAUGUCUUUUUUGGAGAUACUGUAGAAAAAUGUGCCCGAGUGCAUUUAGAAUCUGGUGACACAUUUUUCAUCCCAACUGGUUGGAUUCAUGCAGUAUAUACUCCAGAAGACACUCUUGUAUUUGGGGGUAAUUUCUUGCAUAACUUUGGAAUUGAAAAGCAGUUGCGUAUUGCUGAAGUUGAAGAUGUGACUCACGUUCCUGUGAAGUUUAGGUACCCAUUUUAUACUGAAAUCUUAUGGUAUGUCGUUCAGAGAUUUGUUCAUUGCCUUCUUGGGAAGAACUAUCUUAUCUGUAAUGAAAGUGGAGAAUUUUUAGAUCCUGCCAAUGAACCUUCUUCUGAUGCCUUAAAUUUGACUACAGCGGCUGAUAAAGACCCAAAGCUGUUGUCACUUACUCAUAAUCCUGUUCAUAUGAAUGGAGAAAACUUCUCCUUUCCAUUCAAAGGCGUUGGGGAAGGUUUAUUUCAUGAAAACAGUGUUCCUAAAGUGGAUACAUCAUCUGAUAUUCAUGCAGAAACAAAACUAGCCCAGCAUGGUCUGGAAUUUAGCAGUCUGCCACUUGAAAAUGCUCAGAAAAAUCCUUCAAAGGAACAUAUUCAUAUUACGAAGUUAGAGUAUAAUGGUUUAAAGGCAAUUCUUAAAUGGCUUAUUGGGUUGCCCCCAUCUAAAAAAGGUGUUCCUAGUUAUAUUCGAGAUCCAGAUGGUCUUUUGGAAGAUUUAAAAGUUUUAUUGCGGGAACAUGAAAAUGAUGAUCAGCGAUUAGCAAUAACUGGCAAGCCAUCUUUAUUCUGGUUUGAUGUCAAGAAACCUAAGCCAAAACCUCGUUCAGCUCCUACAUCGUCAUCAUCAUCAUCAUCAUCAAAAAGUUCAAAAUCUGGCAGUUCGAAAGGAAAUAAUUCUAGCAAUGCUCGUAGACGAAGAACUAGAUGUAAAAAAUGUGAAGCAUGUCUUAGAGCUGAUUGUGGAGAAUGCCACUUCUGCAAAGAUAUGAAGAAAUUUGGCGGUCCAGGUAGAAUGAAACAGUCAUGUAUUAGCCGACAGUGCAUGGCGCCUGUUCUGCCUCAUACCGCAUGCUGUAUGAUUUGUGGGAGAGAUGGUUGGGACAAACUGACAAAUCCUCCAGAAAAUGAGAAUUCUAGUCUUAUGGAAUGUUCUCAAUGUUGGGAAAUAUUACAUCCAAAGUGUCUUCAAGAAAAGAACCCUGAUUUACCCAUGGAAAGUUGUAUAAAUGAUGACCUGCCAAACAGCUGGGAAUGUCCAAAAUGUUGUAGGAAUGGAAAACCAGAUCAAAUAAAGCCCCGACAGAUGAAAGGGAAGAGUCCAAAAGGGAUUGAUGCUCCUAGGUUAUCUACAUCAAUGAAUGAAAUUGGUACACUGGAUGCUUCUGGAGUAGGUGAUAUUCAAGAAAGAUUGGACCUAAAUAUUGUUAAAAUAGAUGUUGCUCAAAAUCACCUUCCAUCAGAAAUGUCUGACAGUUUGAGUAAGCGACUUUUUGAAAGUGAACCAUUGGAUCUCGGACCUCAAAAGAAAAAGGUUAGAAUUGAGAAUCAGUGUAUCAAACAAGAAAAUAUUGAGGAUAUGAAUUAUGGUGAUGCUGAUGCUAAUAAUGCUAACAACCUGUCUAUAAAUCAUGGCAGUUCUGCACAGCCAUGUGUAAGAAAAUAUUCUUCAACAUUGGUUGAUAAAGAGGAAGAAAGCAGUAGUGGAAGUCCGACAUCUCCUAGCAAAGAUCUGUGUGACAGACUUAAGAGACCUUCUAUUUCUCCAUCACAUAUCCGUUCCUGUGCCCGAUAUCCAUUACACAUAAAAAAGUCAUUAAAAAAUGAGCAAGGUAAAGUUUUACGUGUAAAAAAUAUAAAUGAAAAACUUGACAUACGAGCUAAAUCUAAACUUUCUUUGGGAGUGCCAGUACGGCGACAUGGUGAGACAGCACGUGAAAGGCUUUUCCGCAAUCUAAAAGGCUUAAAGAAAAAUUUGCUUAUUAAAACUAAAAGUUUUGGAAAGUGUGACGAUACAAAUACCAAAGCAUUUUCCAAAGAUAUAAAAGUUGUUCAGUCGUGUGGUACCAUGAAAAUUAAACAUGAAGUGUCGCAUAAUUUAACUGAAGAUGGAAAAGCAGAUUUAAUGUCUCUUUCUCCAGAAAAAUUAGUAAAGUGUGAGAAGAAUCUUGAAAAAGUUCCCAGUGCCCAAAAUCCAAAAAUCAGUUCUAUGUUGCGUGACAGCCCUCAUCUAAAAAAACCAAAAUAUGUGGUUCGACCAGCACCUGUGGUUGAAGACAACAGUGAGGAAAAAAUUAGGAAUUCAUGUUCUGGCUUAGAAAAUUUGGCAAUGGAAAAGGAAGUUAUGUUACCUGUUUUUCAGUUUUUAGCUGUCAAAGACUUGUAUACCUGCCAGCUAGUAUGCAAGACAUGGAAUCGGUGGUCUGUAGAUCCGCGAUUAUGGACGUUAAUGGAUUUGACACGACGCAAAAUUACAGCGAGUACUUUAAUAGGUAUUGUUAGACGGCAGCCCAUAACUUUAAAUUUAAGCUGGACUAAUUUGUCUCGUCGACAGCUGGCAUGGCUUAUUGCAAGACUGCCUCAGAUGAAAGAAUUAAUAUUAAGUGGUUGUUCUUCAGCUUCCGUUGCUGCCUUAUGCACUUGUAACUGUCCCUUGUUGCGCUCACUUGACCUUAGCUGGGUUGAAGGAUUAAAUGAUUCCGUCAUAAGAGAUCUCCUAGCUCCGCCUCCUGAUUCCAGACCUGGUUUUAUAGAGAGCAAAACUCGUUUACGCCACUUAACUGAAGUGAAGCUUGCUGGAGCAGAUAUUUCUGACGUUUCAGUGCGAUUAUUAGCUCACCAUCUGCCACUGCUUUCCAAACUGGAUCUGAGUCAUUGCCAUAAAGUAACAGAUAUGGGCAUAGCUGUGCUUGGUGCUGCAAAGGCAGCCCGUUUACAAUCUUUAGAUGUUUCAUCUUGUUCUAACAUUACUGACACUAGUUUAGAAGCUUUAAAGCGUUGUUCUAAUCUCAUUCAUCUUGAUCUCAGAGACUGUGGUCAAGUAACAGAAGCUGCUUGUUUAAAGUUUGUUGGACAAAAUCGACAGACAUUAAUGCAGAAAGAAGCCAAGUUUAUAAAAAGGCAUGCUUAAUUUAUAAAUUACCUCUACAAAGAAAAACUAGUGUGCUUUUCAGUUCCAUAACUUGAUUCUGAAAGUGAUAUGAAUUUGUUUAAAAUAGUUAUAUAUUAAAUCCUUUAUUUAAAAAUAUUCCUAUUGUAUAUUUUCAGUUAUCUUUUUGUUAUUGAAUUUAUUAUUUUAAAUGAAAAGAUAACUUUUUCAUGGAACAUUUGUCACCAUAUUUUAAUCAUUUUAAAGAGAAACUGCCUUUAUAUUUUUCAUAGAAGCACUUCCCAAUUGUAACUUUUUCAUGUUGUAAAAAAUUCAUCAUUUUUAUGUAUAUAUUGACAAUGUAGAAAACAUUCAUCUCAUUUUUAUGUCGGAAUGCCCAAGUAGCAUGUUUACUGACAAAAAUGUUAUAUGAGGCACUGCAAACCUAUUAGUAUUCUUCAUUUAUUGUAUGUGGUGUUCACUUUUAUAAAGUGCUGUUCUCAUUUCAUCUGUGUUAAUGACAAAAAAGUUGAUAUAAAAUAUAUUUGUGAAAACCC